GACCUUAAUUUUGAUAUUGUUUUCCACAUAAAUUAGGGCAUCUCUUAUCUCGGUCGAACCUAGCUACUUAUCUCUGGGAGACUUAUUCUUGCACGUUUUCUUAUCUUACCGUUACCGUUACCGUUAUCUUACUUUACUAUCUUACUCUUACCGUUCUCUUAUCAUGAGGGCAACACUGAAACAAUUCUGCGUGUCUAUAUUCUAGUUCAUGCUAGAGAAAUUACAUUGGAACUAUGGAUCUGUCUAGGGAUCUGUGGCAUCUGAAAUAUUUGACGAUUGUUUUAAUGUUCAUUUUUGUUUUGCUCUUUUUGUUUGGUCACCAUGGAGAUGCAAAGAAACAGACGCUUCAGAUGAAUCACCUCGUUGACGAGAAAACACUCGUGUACUUUCCAACGGUUGCUAGAUACAAGAGAGAAGUCCAUUUCAAGGGGAUCUCCCAAUAUGACCAACCCGAUGGGUCGAAGACAUGGUUCGAGGAGUGGAACUACUACACUUCGGAGCAUGUGGGAACUCAUAUUGAUGCACCAGUUCACUUCGGGAAAAAUGGACCUGGAAAUCGAUGGUACAUCGAGGAUAUCCCGUUUGAAAGAUUUAUUGGUCCCGCUGUAGUUGUUGAUGUGUCCGAUAAAGCAGACAUUGAUACAAAUGUGGAUUAUGGUGCAACGAUCGAAGACAUCCAAGAAUAUGAGCGUCAAUUUGGGGCGAUACCUUCAGGUGCAAUUUUACUUAUUCACACAGGAUGGGGGAAAUACUGGGGCGACCAGGUUAAAUAUGCCGGAACUGAUACCAGAGAUGAGAAAAAGGCCCAUUUCCCAUCUUUGUCCCCCGAAGCGGCUCAAUGGAUAGCCGAAGAUGGACGCAUUGUCGGAGUCGGUGUGGAUUCAUCCAGUUGUGACACGGGAGACCAGUUAGAUACAGCAGCCCACGUGAACCUAUUUGAAAAGAACGUUUACUGUUUGGAAAAUGUGGCCAAUUUGGGGCAGCUGCCUCGAAAGGGGGCUACAAUCUACGUCAUGCCUAUACCUAUCAAAGGAGGUAGUGGCGCCCCCUCUAGAGUGUAUGCUACAUGGGACGAUGGACUUUUCUCUGGAUUUACACUGAAAAGUGCUACGGCGCCAUUCCUUGUUGGUGGACUUAUAUGGGGAUACAUACUCUAUUUUUAUAAUCAUAACAUAUAA